AUGAUGGGGAUGCUUGGGCCAAGGGUCUCGCAAGAAGAUUUGUCUGUCCGCGAGAAGCUGCUCUUUGCUCAACUCAUAUAUGAAGUCGGCACAAAGGACUGGCCGAGAGUGUCUCACUCCCUCGUCAAACAUCCCUUAUGGACGCGACCGAAAGGAGUUUAUGAUGCAAAGAAGUGUCAAGAGAUAUACCUCAGCCUUAUGUCUGAACUUGUCCCCGAGAUAGAGGAACCUCCUACAGAUUCUGAAAAACCCAAAGAUCCUAUGAAUCUGAAGCUCGCCAGAAAGUUCUAUAAUGCCCGCGUUAUGGAGCUAGUUGGAUUUCUUGAGCAGAAUAGCCGGGAAUUUAAGAUAACAGAAGAAAUUCAACAAAUUGAGAGGGGAGAAUGGGAUCACUUGAUAGCUGAAGAGGACCAACAACUUUUACAAGGGGCUAAUGACGAAUUGGCCAGUGACGAGGAGAUAGGAGAUGCUAAUGGACUAGAUAACAUGGACAUCGAGACCCCAGCCUUACAUGCAGGUGCAACUCAGGCGCUUACUCGCAUCCCUGUUGCCGAGUCGGGUUUUCCUAACGCAACGGGUGAUACGAUUGAUGAAGUGGCCAGGACGGAAACCACCAUUAACCUCCCGUUGCUGGAUGACAGUGCCCAAAGCUCCACCAGUGAAGACUCGGAAACGAAGUCAGCCACCCUAGAGGCUCCAGCGACUCCAACGCCAGAGGAACAAACUGAAGAGCGGGCUGCCAGUGACCUUUCCUCGUCCUCGGUUACACACCAGGCCGCCUAUCUCAACAAACCUUUGGUAUCCACGUCAAUUGCCCAAGCCAUCCUUCCUCUCCAGUCCCCAGAGCCGCCAGAGACUAGUGAAUAUGCCAAACAUCCGGCCACCCCAGCUGGCGAAAUUAGUGAUUUCACCGGUACUCCAAAGAGUUCAGGUAGCCCACGUGGAGCCAAGAGGAAAGCAAAUGUCUUUAUCGAUGCCCGAGGGAGUAAAAGGACCAGACGUUCACUCUCUCCAACUCCUAACGCGAGUUUGCCUUUCAUGGCCUCUGGCUCUCCAUUACCAGGUGGAUUAGCUGUUCGGCGCAUGCCAAACCAUGCAACAUUAAGUGACGGACAGAAAAAACGCUUCGAGAGAAGUAUAACUAUGCUUCAUGGGCAAAUAAAUGACCAGAAGAACGGGGAGAUAUUUGCCGAACCUGUCAACAAGACCCAGGCUUCGGACUACGAUCAAAUGGUUCUGUACCCCAUUGAUCUUAAGACUAUCAAACAGCACAUCAAGAAGAUGGAAAUAACCGACAUCAACGAGUACAAGCGUGCAGUGUUUCUUAUGUUGUGCAAUGCCAUCAUGUACAAUGCCCCGGAUUCUCAAUUUUUCGCAAAAGCAAAAGAGACUUUGAAGACUACCGAAGAAUUGUUCGAGGGCCAUCAAGCUUCCAAGGCUUACAGUGGAACUGCAUAA